GAAGUAUAAUGCAGGAUACAAAAUGAGUACUUACCCACAAUUGAUACGAAACCGUUGAUAGAAUUUACAACAGUAGAGUACAGUGAGCAAAAUAUAAAUUACCAGUUAAUCAUACAGUGGAAGAAAUUGGUAGAUGACUGGUUAUGCAGCAGUGUUAUAAGGUCGGUAACUAAGUGGUAGGCAAUUGCCUGCCAAUCUAUUACAUAUCAACCCUCUUUAAGUAUUAGGCCUGAGUUUACUUCAGAAUAUCUUGGUAUCAAGAGAACACGUACCUAUUACAAAAAUGAGUCAAUCGAAAACGGAUUGUAUGAAAUAUAAAUCGUUUAAUGAAACAUUCAAGUUUUGCUCUUUUGCGCUCGCUUUUGGCCUAAUUUAUCCAAACCGAAAAAAUGUGUGUUUAAGAUCAACGCUUUUCUCCUUCGUACUGCUGUUUAAUUGUGGGACUUUGUUUUGGUUCAUGUGGUACACUGUCAAAUGUUUGUGGGAACUAGACAUUUAUAACUCGACGAGGAAUAUAACGGUUGGAGUUAUCAUCCUGCUUUUUGUUUUUAAGACCUAUUACGUAAAUUUUAAAACGGAUAUGUUUGCAUUUCUGUUAGAGCAAAUAACGAAAGAUUUAUUGAAAGGAAACAACAUGGAUGCGGACUAUCAAGAGAUUUACGACUACUAUAUAAAAGAAGGCAUGUUUGGUCAAAAAUGUUACGUAUGGAUUCCCCUUAUUUUGUCAUCAAUAUUCCCUACAUACGCUGGUGUAAGCAUGAUUUACGGAAGCUUGACGUCUGAUGAUUUCAAAAAAGUUAUGUUGCAUGAAAUGGAUUUGAAAUAUCUUGAAGAUAAGCAAUAUGAUUUUCCAUAUUUCGAAUUAGUAUUUGCAUACUACUUUUUGGGGAUUUAUUCUAUGGUUCCAAAUUUUGCGGGCUUUGAUGGAUCGUUCUGUAUUGCGACCAGUCAUCUGCGUAUGAAAAUAAAGCUUAUGACUCAUAGCGUCCAAAAAGCCUUUACAGAUUCGAAGGACAUUUUAGAGUUGAGAGCGAAAUUGAAGACUUGUGUUAAAGAUCAUCAAGAAGCGCUUGAGUUUUAUGAUCUCAUUCAGAGAUUGUACGGAGGCUGGUUAUUCGCUGUAUUUCUGCUGACUUCGUUUUUGAUCUCUUGCAACCUGUAUCAGAUAUAUCUUACUGGCAUUGACCCCAGGUACACUCUGUUUGCUGCCACUGGCGUAUUUCACAUGUAUAUGCCAUGCUACUUCGCUAGCUGUUUGAUUGAGUUAGGAGAACAGUCAUGCACAGAUGUCUAUUGCGCUAAAUGGGAGAGUUGGGCGGACCCAACUGCCACCAAGUUCCUGAUAUUCAUCAUGGCUCGAGCACAGAAGAGGCUGCUGUUACAUGGCAUGGGCAUAGUAUUUUUCAACAUGGAGAGCUUUGUGUCGUUAAUGCAGACAUCUUAUUCUUUCUUUACAUUAAUCACAAGUAAAUAAAUACUUUAUUGAUAACGCCUAACAAAGCAAUUUACUCGUAAAUAGUAUGUGAAGUAGUGGAGUUGUGGCUUUGUUUAGUAUAGUUUAUAGUUAAUUUUAAGGUCAUUAAAAUAGAAGUAGGGAUUUAAAUAGAGAUUGAUAUCACAGAAAUUAUAGAAGAUGUUUAGUAGCACCUAGAGAAGUCAUACCUAAAACUGGGUGAACGAAAAGUGACAAACAAAUAGUUUAUAGCCUAGAAAAAGACAAAAUAUUUUUAUCCCUGAAUUCAUCUCUAAGUACUAAUAAUAUGAGUUGCAAUUUACUUAGAACGAAAGUAUUUUUCUUUGUUGAAUUCGACUUAAGACACUUUAAAGUUACGUAGUUCGAUUUUAUGACCUAUUUUAUUACUCGAAUAGUUUCACUGCAGUUAAUACAGAAUAAUAAAUUUAAUAGACAAUUAAUACAAUGUUACUUACAUACACUAAAAUCAAACUGCAACUUAGUACCAAUUUAUUUCUUUAUCACGAAAUGAAACCGACAACACGAUUAUCAUAAAAUCUAAAUACGUACGUACCUAAUCCAAGGAACUAGUAGUCUAAUUUUACUUAAUAGACAUUUAUCUUAAUUAUUCGAACCUUUUACUAUUACACAUAGUUGCAUUCAAAGCUGUAAUUACAUAGUGCAUAACUUUAACUAGUACUUAAUAUGUAGUUGUAUCACAGUAGAUAUCGACUUGCACAAAUUGCAUUUUGUUCAAGUAAAAAUAAAAGCACGUGAUACAAGUAGGUAAUACAGGGUGAUUCAUGAGACGUGAGCAGGACUAAUCCUGCACACUCAAUAACUGAUAAUUGAUCGAUCACCGUCGUAUUUAGGUGAAACAACCACACUUUUUCCUAUUUUUCAACUUUUUGGUGAGGGCAAAUUUAAUUCUCUACAAUCAUGGUCACCCUACCAGACCUGAUCAAUAAACAUAAAACCUCUUUUACGAAGAAAAUAAAAUGUCAAACCUGAGUCAGAUACGAGUUUUCAAAAGUAACCAGACCGUGAUGACAGUGAUGACAUUCAAUUUGACACAGAAUAUCGGUAGUUUAGUAUUCUAAUGUUAGGGUGACCAUCCAUGUUGUAAAUAAAUUAAUAUCCUUUUUUUUCAACACGACUAGAAAAUUAACGUUAACCUCACUAAUACUGAUAGGAAACAGUUGCUUAUAAUUUACGAAAUUCGCAGUGUUAGUCCUGCUCACGUCUCCUGAAUCACCCUGUAGAUAGUUAAGUUAAGCAGCAAUUAACUUUUUUUGUCUAGUUGGUACCUAAAUAAAAUGGUUUUGACACUUGCUUUAUUAAUA